AUGAUGGUUAUAAGUAUUGUGUCUCCAACAAUAGGGAAUGAUCUGGGUGAUAUAUCAUCAAAUGGCUUUAAUAACGGUGACGUUCAAACAGCCAUGCACGGAGAGAUAUAUUUCAACACUUAUGGCGGUGUGGAUGGUCAAUGCAAUGAUUAUUAUGACUGUUUUACAGGUGAUUGCGGAAUGUGA